UUUCACCCGAGCCCUGUGGCGACGACACUGACUAACCGUAAUAGGUUUAUCAUAGUUUGACGGAUUUCACCUGGAAACGAUACUCGUCGCUGGCCUGCUGGCCGUAUGGGGAUUUUGGCCCCAGGCGUGUGUCUUCUUGGACGGACGCGAUGGCAUAAUUUAAUUAAACUGAAAGGAAAAUGCACACAAGCUCCAGUCGAGGUGACCUAUUCACGUUUUUCCGCUUCUUUUCCGCGAACACGUGGACCGAUGGCCCGCGGGUGGAUGUGCAAGAAACCUCACGAAAGUCAGGCGACUGUUGUUGGCUCUAGCCUCGUCGCACGGACGUCGAAAAUCUGUUGUAAGGAUGGCACCUCGGGUGUAUUACGUGAACUUGACCAGGGUCGAAAUGUGGGGGACGGGGUUUCGAUGCGAUUUGGCUUCGGAAACGUUCGUGGUCUGAAUGUGACCGUGUGUGCCGAAUCGAUCCCUUGAUUACAGUGGACAGUGGAAGCCUAUAAAAGAGUGUAACAACCGACGACAAGUUUUAGUCUGGUAACUGUGGUUUCUAACUUCUAACAAUUGCUGCAGGCGGCCUGUUCCACUGGUACUUUUUUUUGUGUAAAACGCAUGGAUGAAAAGAUUUUUUGUCGAAAUUAGCGUUUACAAGAGAAAAAAGAUAUACACAAAACAUAGUGAUAUAUGAUCAGCGGAACAGGCCGUUGCGGCAAAGUUCAGUGGAAUAAUAGCAGCAGCAGCCAUCGCCACCACCAGCAGCACCGCCGCCGCCAUCGUUACCGUCAGCUGGAGCAGGAGCAGCAGCAGGAACUUCGGAUAACCAAAUCCAGCUGGUCAAUCUCCGCUUUCGCCAGUUGUCAUCAUCGUAGCCGUUGCGGUUGGAGUCGUUGCAGUUUAUAACGACCGCACCAGCUAAACGAGCGACGACAACGACUUUGCGCGAUCAUCGUUCGUUUCCUUCGUCCUUUGUCACCUCUCUCACAUCUCUGAUCCUCAUUUGUGUCCUUUAAUUUUCGUCGUUCCUCGUACUGAGUGUGGCAAACGUGACCAACUUCAAAUAACCAAAGCAGCUUUUCCAGUAUUUCCGUCUUAGUUCUGCUGCUUCUUAAUUUGAUUUGAGCCUGUGGAAAAAACGACUCGCCCAUCUACAACCACUUCCACCUACGAAAAGCUAUAAAAGUGCACGAAUCCAGAGGAGUACAUGGGGUGUCCUUGCGCGGUGUGUGCUGGCCAAAGAAUAUAUCGUGAAGUAAACCGAGAAGAAAAGUUGUAGUAAUCAAAUUAUUCAGUGUUCACGGUGGUGCUGCUGCUGCAGAGAGAAAGAGAGGCGUAUAGUGUAAAAGUUAAUUGUGAUAAUACAAAAACACGGGACAAUCGGACACCGACUGUGGUGAAGUCCGGUGUUGGUACCCAUCACCCCGCCGCCGUAUAGUAGUCGACCAACGGAGCCGCAACAGGAACAGCAAAGAUCCCGCGGCAACGCGAUCGCGCCAAAGUGUGACCACCCUCACACUCAACUCACCAACAACACGACACCACACCACCAACCAUGGAGUGCUGUCUGUCCGAGGAGGCCAAAGAGCAGAAGCGUAUCAAUCAGGAGAUUGAGCGACAGCUGCGACGAGACAAGCGAGAUGCCAGACGAGAGCUGAAGCUAUUACUAUUAGUUACUUAAGUGAUCUGGCCCGUAUCGAAGCCGAAGAGUACCUUCCGACCGAGCAGGAUAUUCUGCGCGCUCGAGCGCCAACCACCGGAAUCCUCGAGUAUCCGUUCGAUCUGGAUAGUAUUAUCUUUAGAAUGGUCGACGUCGGCGGACAAAGAUCUGAAAGAAGGAAAUGGAUUCACUGUUUCGAAAAUGUGACAUCAAUUAUCUUCUUAGUGGCACUGUCCGAGUACGAUCAGAUUCUGUUCGAGUCGGAGAACGAGAACCGUAUGGAGGAAUCGAAAGCUUUAUUUAAGACGAUCAUCACGUAUCCAUGGUUCCAGCACUCGUCGGUAAUCCUGUUCUUGAACAAAAAGGAUUUGCUAGAGGAAAAGAUUAUGUAUUCACAUUUGGUAGACUACUUCCCAGAGUACGAUGGACCACAAAGAGACGCAAUAGCUGCCAGAGAAUUUAUACUCCGCAUGUUUGUAGACUUGAAUCCAGAUUCGGAAAAGAUAAUUUACUCGCAUUUCACAUGCGCAACAGAUACCGAAAACAUUAGGUUUGUGUUCGCUGCCGUAAAGGAUACGAUACUGCAGUCCAAUCUAAAGGAGUAUAAUUUGGUCUGAACUACAACGUCGUCUUCGUCAUGGUCGUCGUCGUCGUCAUCGUGGCCGUUACCGAAAUGUCGCCUCUACUCUUUUCCUAGCGCUGCUACGAGCCGCCACCAUCGCCAUCGCAGCCGAUCGUACCACCGCAACAGCAACAGUUACGGUAGCAGUAUCAUCCCUCUUCUCCUCGGUACCAGUCGCAGAAGUCGUCGUCGUGGGUAGUAAUAGUGGUAUUAGACGUAGCAUCAUUAAUAACAGCUACCAAAACCGCCUCAAGUAUGUACAUCUUUCCAUGAAGCAGUCCGUCGCAGCAGGAAUUCGCGUAAUACCGGAGAUGCUGUGACGGGAUCCUGGUUGCCAAAGUAACUGUUGUCGUCGUCAUUCAUCAUCACAACCACUCUCUCAGUUCACCACCGCGUAAUACGAAUCGUUGCUGUUGCGCGAGGGAUGUGACAAACACUCUACUGUUACCGUGCAAGUUGGAAACCACCGCGGAACAAUAAAAACGAAACGUGCUGUAAGGGAUCUGAACUUUUCUUUUUUUUGUGGGCUGGGAGGAUGAGUCACUUGGGGAAGCCAAAACGAGAUUAAGCCACAACUUGCCAUUGUUUCUGCGCUGUUUGAUGCGAAAGAUGUGAAUUUUUGUUUUCCACACGAAUUUACGGUACGGCUUUCCUGGGUGGUUUUGAGUCUCGCCCGAGAGAAAAGAAUCUUCGUAAUGUCGGAUAAUUCCAGUGGUCCCAAACGUUGUAAACGUUUUUAUCGUUUCGUUCGGGGCAGUUGAACAAUAGAGAAUAAUCGAUGGCUGGGCGGUGUCACAUGGUUCGUUCGUCUUAGUGGAAUCAAAAUAGAAAAUGCGCAUCCGAAACGAAGCAAACAGGAAAAGAGUAAACUUCUUUUAUUUUAUGUGCAUUUUUUAAUUGUUAGGGUUUAAAGAAUAGGAUACCAAUAAACAAAAGAAAAAAAGAAAAACUAACCAACAGAAAAAAAAAUGCGAUAGGAGAAAGUAUAAACAAGUAUGAAAACAAAAGAAAAUGCAAAACAAAUUACGAUGUAAACGAAUGCGUUAGGUUUCUAUAUAAUUAUCGUUUUCUGUCCUCCUUUGAUUUGUGGAAAUCAAUCUUUGUUGUGAAUAAUCUCCCUCUCAGUUUACUACUUUUAGUUGAUGAGUGUUUGAGUCUGUACAGUUUUCUGUUAUUAUUACGAGCGCGGUCGUCUUAGAUGAUAUUUAUUUAAAUUAAUUUUAAAUUAAACCAUUUGUUUAUUAAACAAACUUCGUACGCAUUGUUUUCUUUUUUAUAUAAUUUUAUUUGUUUUUUUAUUAUGUUCCCGAGUUUUGUUAGUUCUGUUUUAUUUCUCUCAUAGCAACAAAAUAAAUCAAUUGAACACACAAACACAUACGCAUAUAUACACUUACGGCGAUAAUUUAGGCACUUUUUUACAACUACACCCGGCUGCAUGUAAUGCGCUAGAAGUAAAGAAAAAAAUCAAUCCGCACACCCACGCAUACACGCAUAACUAGGUACACAAAAUUGAACUAAACAAAAAAGGAUGAAUGUUUAUAUAUAUAUUUAUACAUAUACAUUUAAAGCAAAUGUGAAAACAUUAAAAGUCAAUCUAUUUAUUCUGCAAUUUUUAGAAUUAUUUUUCUGCAUACUGACCAUCAUUUUUAAGUGUAUUUAAGGAGAAGUCAGUUUCGUUCUAAAACUGGACUUUCCGGAGGCCCUCGAUAACCUGGAAAGUGCGCGCUGAUCGCUUUCUCUGCCAUUCUUCGACUUUGCUCUAUUGUGCAUUUGUUGGUAUUUUACCCGCAUUCACUAGUAUAAGGUACUACUCGUUUCAUAAAUGCUUCUAUCUAGAAUGUCGAUCGGUUCUUCAAAUAUCGAUCGUGACACUGCAAAUUUAUCAUUCUUCCAGGAGGAAAGAAAAUCCACCGAUCAGCGCGACCCGACGUAUUCGACUCUCGAUGGUUAAGGGCACAAUCAACAGAAAGCUCCACCCACCCGGUUCCAAAAUUUAGUUGUAAUUUUUACGUGAAACUAUUGUGACUGUGAAAUAUAACGUUAAUAAUCAUUUAUACACUUGUAGUAAGCGCCUAGCAUUUUCCUUGCAAUCAAUGUUGGCAUUGAUUUUGUGUAAAAGUGUAAUUUUUGAAACAGGUUUGAACUGCAGAUAACUACAAAACUAACAGUUGUGGUCAUUGGAAUCUACAGUUUCUUUAGUAAGCAAACAGGAAACGAAAUUUCGAAACAAAGACUUCAUAUAUUGGGAUCCAGAUCUUCCGGCAGCCAUCUUGUAAACCAUCUCGUUUGCUAAAAAGUGGUAAUCGGUCACAUGUAUGAGUGUGAAAGCUGUCUUGAUAUAUGCAGCUUUUGUGAUGAAUCAUCACAAUAACACAAACAAAUCCACACUCAUCGAAAAAUUUGUGUUGAAUGUUCAGCUGUAUGUGUGGCAAUUUCCACAAGAAUAGUCGUAUCUGUUCUUUCUUAUUAAUACUUCCAUCCUUAUGUUAAAAGAGCAUGAUUUUAUGCGUGUAAAUUUGUUGUUGUGUAUUUUUUAAAGUUAUUUCCUAUUUUUAUUACAUAAUUUCCAUCACUAAAGGUGUUUCAACUGUGAAUAGGUCGACGUUAUUUUCAGCGGAAGCAUAACACAUAGAAAAACUCGAGUCAAGGAAAAAAAUCUGUCGUAUUUGUUUUCGAUUAAUGCUUUGAAGACUAAUAGGAACAACAAUAGGAAACAAUUGAAGCGAGUUGUAUAUCAACCAGCUCAUUUUGUUUUGAUAGAGAAAGCGAACACUGAAACAUUUUAAUGUGUAAUGUAAUUCAUAGUUUCAUGCUUCGAUUGACCGAUAAUAAAAAAAAAAUCUGAAAAAUUGACAUUGAACACAAUUUAGUCGUCAUUUUCUGUACGCGAAAUGAUCCAAUUGAAGCAAAGUCAUGGACACAAAAAUGAAACGGUGUGGAUAAAGGCAACACAUGUAAAUAGUUCUUAGCGAUCCUGAAGAAAUUUUAUGAAAUACUGAAAACUCUGGACAAAUAGCUCCAACCAAAUCGAAACACAGGCGCCCGCGAAUCUACCCGUGUUCGCAUACCACAGAAUUUCGUUCAUUGCUUGCGCGAUUCGGGCUGAUUUUUUACCACCGCUAAAUUGCGCUUCAUUUCACUCGCAUCCCAUACAUACAUUCAUACGCACACCAGCUACAGACGAUGGACAGAGGAAGCAAAAGCCCAUUGUGAACUCACUCACUCAUACAAACCUACAUCUUUUUACAUUCAUGUUCACUUAUACGCACACACACGCAUGUACGCAACUUUAAACGUUUAAGGAAAAAUAUUCAACAGAGGUAAACAGCAGACAUUACCACGGGGAAUCAGUUUGCAAAAGUGAAACAAUAGAGCAAGUACAGCCGUAAGCUGCUAGCGUGACUGCGUACUGGCACACAGUCACCGAUCCGGAAACAAACACUGAAUGAAGAAAAGACCGUAAACUUGUGUGUUAAAAUUUUGCUUUUUCGGUGAAAACGGAGCACAAGAAACAACUAUUUAUAGGAAAGUCAUGGAGCAACGAAACAAGCUAAAAACAAGUAAUGCAAAACAGAUACACACUUUGCUCUAUUUUGUAUGACACACAUGAUAACAGAAGAAAGAAAAGGGAGAAUCCUUUUCGCGAAACUCACCAAAAAUCCUUUCAAACUUCACACAUUCAACAAAACGCCGGCAAACAAACACUCAUACAACAGCAAGGCUUUAGAUAGUUAGAUAAUAAUAAUUUUGAUUGAUCCGAAAACGCAAACCAUCUGACAGCUACAAUCGUCAACAUCUGUCACGACGAAUCGCGUAUGAUCUGAGUGUUACAUCUCGAUUUUUGUACUUUGCACAUAGCGCACAGAAGUCCUCUGUCGAUGUAGUGCCAAAUAAAAGAUUGAGGUUAUGUUCUGAUCAUGCGCUUAUCUACAAUGAGUUAGAUUCUUCUCUGUUUUUAUUUUACUGAAGAUUUAGACAGAUGCUUUUUCUGCUUGAAAAAUAAUGCAUGAAAAGGGAUUACGUUUCGUGUGAAUUUACACGAAUCCCAUGUACAUUUACAUGAUAUAUCAUGUAAUCGGACUGAUUUUGUGACAUUGCAUAAAUUAACAUUAUUCAAGUGUAACUUUCAGCGAUGAGUUUGUUUGCUUCUACUUCAAAUCAAGCAUUCCUCUUUCAUGCAUGAUCUUUCGCAUAGUGUAAAUUUUUACUUAUCAUAAACACUUGAAAAAAUCAGGCUCAUAUAAUCGGUGCAAAGGUACGUCAUUUUUUGAAAAUUUAAACCUUCGAUUCCAGUUUUCAUUUAUCCCUACCAUAAAAAGCUGAAAUCAGUUUGUGCCAAGUUGAAUCAACUAAAAAAAACACGCAUCACAAACGAAUUCACGUGACGAACUUCUCACCCAUUCCCCAUUUCAAUUUCGAACAUAUUUCCCGAUCGUCUCACCUAAAAACGCAUUUUUUUUCCGGUUUUUUGUUUUAUUUUUUCUAACCGUUUUUUUCAGUUGUUUUGCGUACAAUCGUUCGACAUCUUUUACAACGUACAUUGCCGUCUGCCACACAACAUUAUCCCCUUCCUUAAGUCCUGCGUUAUUUUCAGUGAUAUUUACUCAAAAAAAAAUCUUUAAAAAAAUACAUCGCAAAAUUGCGUGACAAGCGUCUUUUAGUAUUUCGUGCCAUUUUUUAAAUUCGGAAAAUGAAAUCUCCUCUUUAACGCGUUUAUCGAAAUGAAGUAGAUUUGAUUAAGAAUCAGUAAGAUCUUAACGAAAACAAAAGCAUGAUAACACAAAAAGUCAUUUACCCGCAAAGAAAAAUCUCUCCUUGCUAUUACUAUUAUCGCAUUACACGAUUGAACAUUUGAAAAAAAAAAAACACACGCUAAUAAAGAAAUCCCAGAAAAUCAUGUUUAACACUCAAACCGUCGAGGUUUGAAAAGUUAAAAUCGACGUCCGGGUUUUUCCAGUUUUUGACUAAAACACAAAUCUGUGGGACGUGAGAAAAAAAAACUAAUCAAAAUGAACCUUUGUAAAACCUACAUAUAUCUCGCAACAAAGAUCAGCAAAAACACCGAAUUUUGCUACCAAUUUUGUGUGAGUUGACUCAUACAUGUGAAAGAUAAAUCAACUACCGAAUUUGUACAACUGCGCGCAACCUCCGACUUUUCAAUGAUCGAUUCGCCAUUCGGUGAUCAGAUCGCCCAUCUAGUUAUGCUAUCGGGACACAGGGUCAAGUAUUUGAGUAUAAAAAAAACGAACAUCUGUUUGCGUAAAUCUAAAUUGAAUAUUUGACUCAGUGUACUUGAUGCUGUACUGCAACGUCGGAUUGGUCGGAAAUCGAAGCAAGCUGGCGCCCAACCCAGCCUCAACGAGGCCAACUACGAUCGUGACAGAGUUUAAAAAUUCCAAAGCUGCCGAAGUAGGCAUUAGAAAACAACUCGAAGUUUGACGACAGAAAAGCAAAGAAGUCUAGUGAUACAACAAUGAGCUCACUCCCACACGCACAGGUCAGGUGGUUUGAUAAAGAUUCUUCUUCCGUACGCGGCCACGUUUCGUCUACUUCUCAAUCCAGAUACUUUUCCUUUCUACUGUUGGUUCAGGCGUCCUGAACGAUAUUGAAGUCUACGUUCCUAAUGCACAAUUGAUCAAGUCAAGGACUUUUUUAUCGUUCUUCUGCAACCCGGGAGCUCGAAAUUGUUCUUCUAAAGCUCUGAACGACAUUAAAGUUCACAUUUCUUUUGAGCCAAUGCGGAAAUCGUGAACUUUAAUAACAUCCUCUUUCGGUUCAUCGUGAACCAUUCCAAAUCAUUCCUAACGCUAUCACUCGAGAAGGGCGCAAACGUCUCCACAUUGACGUGAAGUGUGUGAUUAACAUUUGAUCUUUACUUACAUCGAACGAAAAUCACACGUAACAACUCAUCGGAAUUUGCGUCAUCAUGAACGUAGAAGAAUCUUUUUCCAUUAUAGUAACGCCAUUUCACAAGGAGCAAUCAUUCGCGAAUCGAUUAGAAAAGAGAAGCAAUCCAACAACUGGCGCGUGUGUGAGUGAUCAAGAAUUCGAGAAAUAUUCUUGAAAUACAACAAACACAAUUUGCCCGCAAAACAGCAAACUAACUACAACAACACUUAACCAGCAGAAGCAUAAACCAAUAUGACAGAAGGACGUAAAGUGAAGUGUUUUUCUAAAGAAAAGAACAGAAACUACAUUUUCACAACAGCAAACAUACAAGAAAGCGAACUAAAAGAAAAAGCAACCUUACGGGAAAUGACGAGAGAAAAAAAACCAACACACAAAAGUUCAGAAAGUCCUUUCUUAAUAUAAUAAUAAACAACAUUAAAAAUAAUCUAUGAUAUGGAAAAAAAUACAAAAUAAAUAUAUAUUUAUGUUUUUAAUUAUAUUUAAACAGAAAAAAGGAAACAAAAAAUGAGGAAGAAAACAAGAAAAACACAACCGCGCGUAUGAAGCAGAACAAGUGGAGAAAUGUGGAAGAACAGAAUAAUAUAAUUAUAAUGAAUGAAAAAAUGAGUAAAAAUAAUUAUAAAUAAUAUAAUAAUAUAAUUGUGUAAACUAAUGGCUGGAAUUUAUAAGAAACUAAAUAUAUAAUAAAAAUAAUAGAAAAAG